UUCGGGUCUGUCACCGAUGCUGGCAGGUGACGGCCCAAUCACAGUAUUCACACCUGUUGAUGAGGCUUUCAGACGCAUACCUGACAACGUGCUCAGACACAUACUCAACGACGCAGCAGCAGCGAAAGCGUUCAUCCAGACCCACGUCGUCGCCAACAUGGUGUGUGGUGCCGCCAUCGUCGGCCCCGUGCAGCUGCCGAACCAACAUGGAGGCACCAUCGACAUCGUACGCAGAGCAGACGACGUGAUAUACGUCGGCGACGGCCGCAUCACGAACGCCGACCUGGUGGCAGAAAACGGAGUUGUUCACGGAAUCUCGGCGGCCAUGGUGCCGACUGAAGUUAAGUCUGUGCUGGAGAAUGCUGACGACUUGGGUCUGUCUCGCUUCCGCGAGUACAUCGCCCUCGCUAACCUGGAGGGUCCCCUGGAGGCAAUGGGGAUAUACACGCUGUUCAUACCGACCAACAAAGCAUGGGACGAGUUUGGUGUCGAUAUCAUGACACUACUAAAGGUGGACAGAGCUCAGUUACGUAAGCUAUUGCUCUAUCACAUGGUCAGUGGACGCCUGAGCACCUCUAGCAUGAUUAGCAAUCAACUGGCGCCUUCUCUCGACGGGUUUAAUAGUCUGCGACUACAAGUAUAUCGCAAGGAGGCGGCGGAGGGGCUGGGAUUCUCCGUGGAGAGUGGCGUCAUCUUGCGGGCGGACACGGAGAGCCGUAAUGGCGUUGUGCAGGUGAUCGACCGGGUGCUGCAGCCGCCGCGUCUCACCGUCAUGCGUCUGCUCGCCCAACCACGCUUCAGCAUGUUCAAUCGGCUGGUGAAUAUGAGCACACCGCAGCUCGGAGCUACGCUGCAGCGGGAGAAGACCAUGACCAUGUUCCUGCCAACAGAUGGCGCUUUCAAAUCUAUGAGCAAGUCGAUGCUCGCGACGUUUGCGUGGUGAAGAAUCACAUACUAGACCGCAUGAUGUUGACGAGCUCACUCAUGGAAGGCAUCCAAUACCACGUGCCAACGAUGGAAGGAAACCUGCUGAAUGUCACAGCCAUCAGCAACGUCAUCAGCAUCAACAAUGCUCUCCUCGACAAAUCACAGAACAACAUCGUCACCAAAAACGGCAUCAUUCACGUGAUCGAUAAAGUAUUGAUACCGAAUCUCUAGACGUGACGCAUAUGCGAAGGAUGCUUACGAAACUAUUUAGCAAAGGAUGGGUGUCUAACAAGUGGCUCGUCUCGCAAGUGAUGCAAAAGAUUUGUUAAUUAUUAUUAAAACUAGUUAUAUCCAAUUCUUAAAGUAGUUAUAAUAGCAUUAACAAAUAUUAAUAUGACGUAACUCGUGCGUUUUAUUAGGAGAGAUGUAAAUAAAGUCCAGGAGAGCUCAUAUUAUUUGUCCAUGUCCGUCUCAAUAAAUUCAAAUAUCCACUCAAUAAUUACACAAAUGUUCUAUUUUAAGUGAUGUUCCAAAUACACGAUUUGUUUUUCUAAUUUGUUCAUUUGAUCACCACAUAUAUAUAUAUAUAUAUAAAUAUAUAUAUAUAUAAGUAUGUAUAUAUAUGCUAUAAGAUAUACUAAGAAUGUACAGAUGAUGAAGGUUUGUCGCACGUUGUCAUUUUGUCGCUUUGACGAGGCAAUGUGCGUAAGGAAAUGUUUCAAUGUUUUAACCAGUAAACGUUAUUAUAUGUACAUUUAAAACAUUUUCCCUUAAUAAAUCGUGUAGCAUAUA